AUGAAAGCAUAUGAUUCUAAAAGGUUCCAAUCGCAUGGAUUUGUGGUUCAAAACCUCACGGGACGUUGCCAUGUCAUCAGGGGAUCAGCUAGAAUCUCCUCCUCUAGCUCUAGUUGGGACGAAAUUGACUAUUGGGUAGUAAAAAUAGUAACAAGUAUUCCGGAAGUUAUUCCUCUAAUAGGAUUUCCUUUGGUAGAGUUAUUGCGCGGAAGUGUUAGUAUGGGCGACAAGAGGUCUAUCUCUCGAGCGAGGUAUGAAGCGGCCCAUGUAGUGCAACAUCGCUUAGAGACCAGGGAGCUUGUCGCUCGAGCUACCAUGCGCAUUGAUGAUAGACCUAGGACCAGAGAGUUCGUUGCUCGAGCGAGGUCCAUAGCCACUCGACAAAAAGUAACUAACGUGAAUUUUAAGAUUGUUAUAAAUAGGAGUUGCAAGAACUUUUAUUUUGUAAUCGUGAGAAUCGCAAGAUAUAGAGAGAGAUUGUGA